AUGACGCCUGCCGUCCCUUCAGGUCUUUCGGCCGGCCUUCGCUAUGGGUCCCUCGUAUUCUUCUUCUUUGUCCUCUUCGUCUCUAUUUUACGAACCAUAUCUGCGACAGCGAGGCUUCCAGGUGUAGAAGGGGAUAGGGACAGCAGCUCCGGUGUCAAUGCGGCCAUCCUCCCUGAAGUUUCCGACUGUCUUCAUUUCUUACAGUUCAUAUUCUUAACCGGCGGCCUUACCCUUUCGUAUCCGGGCUUCUACUCUGCUGUAGUGGGACACCUCAACUGGUUCGUCCUCUUCUCUGACGUAGCACUACCUCUUCCGAGCUUUGUGCCUGCGCCCCCCACCGCACCGACCAGGAUGGCUUCCACAUACCCCGGCGUUCGUGAUGGUCUCUACGAGGCCAACGGCACGUACGGCGGCUCGGAGGGGCUGGAAGUUCUUGCGCAGAUGGUGGGCACACCUAUGACAUGCGAUACAUGGCUUCUCAUGAUACUCGUCACAGUGUGGAUUGCCGCGGCUCAGGGUCUCUUUCUAUGGGCGCUUGAAUGGGUGAGGCCAAGAAACGUCUUGGGGCUUCCGAUGACGGGCCCCGGGGCUCAGACCGGGUCCGGAACAGGGAGACAGAGUUCGAGGUCCGCCAUCGCAAUGCGUAUUGGCAACGAUGUCUUGAGGCUCGUGCUGUCCUACUUCACGUUGCCGCUCGUCACGCUGUCAACUCACCAGCUGAGCUAUUUAGGAAUGUUGGGUGCAGGUCACACGGCACUUGCCUUGGUCGUCCUGGUUCUCAUUUUACUGUCGUUUGCUUGGCUGGUGUUUCGUCUGCCUGCGGCAAGCCUGGGUGCGCUGGUUUUUGAGGCUAAGCAUCGUUACCAACGCCUCGAAGGGGGCGAUGAGGAUAGCGGCAUGGACUUCGAUGAAAAGCAAACUCGUCGGGAUCGCGGGUUCAUCCUGACUCUGUUCGUCCUCAACAUAGCUAGAGGUCUGACCAUCGGUGGACUGCAGCAAUGGGGUGUGAUCCAGCUCGCACUGCUCAUGGCAUGUGAGUUAGUCAUGCUGAUAGCUGCCCGAGCCUUUCGCCCGUAUCCACUGUGGUCACGCGGCUUUGCGGUAAUUAUGGUGAGGAUGGCUAUCCUGGCCUGCUUCAUACCUUUUACCUUCCGCCCGUCCAGGCUGUUUGGCCUCAAGAAUAUUUUUGCUUAUUCUGUCCUGUCUUUGCACAUGGCAUCGCUGGUCGGCUUCUUCUUUAUACCAUCGUGUUGGCAUCUAUACCGGCUCUCUCGCCAGUUGUUCUGUCAAUCUAGUCGUCACGAUACUUUGGGAAACGAUGUACAAGUGUUUGGCUUGCGCCAGCUACAGCGUCGUCAAGCUCCUCCACCUAGCCGGAACGAUGACCUUCAUUUGACCGUUCCCCCGCCGUUAUCUACCAGAAACACACCCACCCCGCACAAUUUUUACUCUGUCAAUGACAGAGAGAAGCCCAACCAUCAUGUCACGUCACGUUCCGUGUCCACUCGGUCCGAUGUUUCAGAAGCCUCCUCCCGCUUCUACCGUCCUUCGAGGUCCCCAGUUUCCACAGCUCCUGGGGAGGCGUCUCGGUCCCGCGGCAAUCACUCUCUAAGUUCCAGAACGCCACCCAAGUCUGUCCAAUCCACACAACCUGCUUGUUCUUCAUCUGAAAACGGGGUUUUACCUAGUGAAGGAACGACUUCAGAUGUGAAACUGAAACCCUUGUCAGGCAAGAAGGACGAGAAGAUUUCGACGAGCCGGUUUGAAAGCCAUCUGCCAUCUUCCACAGCAAUUUACUUGCAGGAUAGCGGAUCUAUCGCGGGGGAGUCCUCGGACUCAGCAUCGACAGGGAGCGAGGCUGAGAGCUCCAGGCCUCUCGGUCCGAGGUGGAACGAUUACUCUUUCCGCGAAGCAGACUUAUUCUACGGCUCCUCUUCCAUUCCGAACCCUAGAGAUAGUACACUGUUUCCUAAUUCAGCAUCACCUUUGCAAACGCCUUUGAAGCAGAAUCGGUCACUAAAUUGGAACUGGUUAGGCGGUUGGAACUUGAGAGGUACAAGGUCGCCAACACCCGAGGAGAAGGGAUUUUCAGUCGUGCGACCCAGUAGGCCUCCCUAG